AUGGGUGCAGUGACUACAGACGAUGUUGUGACGGUGCAAAGCCUGGCUUCGGGCGACAUCAAGAACCUCCAGAAGGAACAACAUGCCGAACUGGAGGAAGUCGGGGGCAGCAUCACACGUAAUUGGAGUCUUCGUGGUCUGAUCAUUAUUUGGAUCUCGGCUUUAUUGAUGAAUUUUGUCGUCAACUUGAAUAACCAAUCAUCCUCGACCUUUCUCCCCUAUGCCACGAGCAGUUUUGGAUCGGCGCCACUCUUGGGAACUAUCGCCGUAGUGCAAGCUACUAUAGUAUCAGUGUCUCUGCAGCCGCUUGCGAGAUUUGCCGAUGUUUAUGGGCGAUUUGAAAUGUUUUCAUUCUGCAUAUUGAUGGCCACUAUCGGGGAGGUCAUGGUAGCCUCCUCGACAAGCAUUAGUGUUUAUGCUGGUGCUCAGGUAUUUUGGGUCCUCGGGCUCCAGGGAAUCUCAUUAAUGCUUCAGAUUCUUGCGGGUGACUCCAGCGAUCUUUCUAAUCGUGCUCUGAUGAAUGCGGUGCCAUAUAUUCCGUCACUCAUCACUGCCUGGACGGCGGCUCCAUUCGCAACAUCGAUUCUGAAAAGAUCAUGGCGGUGGGGAUUUGGAGUCUUCGCAAUUUUGGUUCCCGUAGUUUCUGCCCCGCUGUUGGCAUCUCUUUACCACAACAAACGAAAAGCUAGCAAGGAAAGAAAGGCUCAAGGUACCUACGAGCGUAGGAACCAUCUGAAGAGUAUCGAGCGCUUAGACCCAGUCGGUCUGGUUUUGUUCGCCGCCGGACUCUCCCUUUUGCUAGUCCCGAUCACGCUGGCAGCAACUGCAACGAAUAGUUGGAAAACGGCACACAUAAUCGUCAUGCUCGUUGUUGGCUUUGUCAGUCUGGUUGCAUUUGUCGUGUGGGAGAUAAAGUGGGCGAAAUAUCCCUUACUGUCCAUGUCCCUUUUUAAAAGGCGAAGUGUCAUUUUUGGCAUCACAGCUAUGUUGAUCGAUUAUAUCGCCCUCUACCUACUUCAAAACUACAUAACUACGUAUGAGUUGGUCGCAGGCGAUUUAUCAGUAACUGCAGCUACAAAUAUCGCUAUUCUGAUCCCCUUUUCAGCCGUUUUCGGCCAGCUUGGAUCGGGCCUUCUGGUCAAGUAUAUCAAACGGUACAAGUGGAUUGUGGUGUGUGGAUUCUCGCUGAAUCUUCUCGGCCUCGGCUUGACGUAUAAAUAUGUGAAUGCACACUCGCAUAUGGCUCAGCUGAUUAUUUCCCAAAUUAUUUUGGGAUUCGGUGAAGGUGUCAUUAACACCACGCAGUUUGGAAUGCAAGCUGCCGUUAGUCAAGCUAAAAUGGCGGCGGUAACCGCACUCUUUACCACAUCUCUUGGGGUUGGCAGUGCCUGUGGUGGUGCGAUAGGUGGGGGGGUGUGGACAGCUCUCCUUCCGCGAAGGUUGCGCGAAAACCUCCCCCCAGACGCUCUCAGUCAACUGCCGGAGAUUGAGGGUUCCAUUGUUGUUGCUUUAGGAUACCCAUGGGGCACCCCCGAGCGCGACGCCAUCAACGAGUCAUACACGAGUACCUUCCGCACCAUAUUACUGAUAGCACUUAUCCUCGAGGUUUUUGCACUUGCAUUUUCUCUCUUGGUGGAAGACCUCAACAUUAGGGAUAUCGAUAACGCUAGAGAGUAUAAUGGCGUGGUUUUUGGAAAGAGUGGUGCGGUGGAUGCAUUGAAGGGCAAAAUCCAGACGGGACAGGCUGGUGAUGCUGAAAACAACGGAAAGCCUCCGGGGGUGUGA